AUGACGAAGCAGGUCCCUUCCAGGAAGUCGUCCAAACCGAAACGCCGGAAAUCGGCACCAGUAAAAGCGACCACCCGUGAGCCGUCCUCCGGCGACGCCUUGUUCGAAAUCAGGGACAUCCUAGACGAGAAGUUCGUGAAGGGUAAACUGUACUACCAAGUAGACUGGGCAGACAACCCCUCCACGGGCGAGCAAUACGAUCCCACUUGGGAACCCGCAGAGAACGUGACCGAGGCUGCAGUCGCCGAUUGGGAGAGACAACAGCGCCGUCGACAAGAAAUUGAUCCUGAAAGCUCCAUUCCCACCCCCGUCAGCGACAGCCAGCUUUUGCCGGACCGUAACUCGAGAUCAAAGCGCGGCAGGGAGGCGUCGGUUUCGAAAGAGCGCGACGUCGCAUCGAAACGUCCGAGGCAUUCAGUUGACUCCGGAUACACGUCCACUUACGGCGACGGCGACGGCGACGGCCACGGCGAGGCCAGCUGGAGACACGUGCAAUCGAUCCCUGAGAAAAAAGGCGACAUUGUCCUUGAGAUCAAGCGGCGUCCCGGUUUCGACCCCUCCGAGUAUCAGCUGAUAUCCUCUCAGUCCGCGCCGUCUUCUCAAGCCCUCACGGCCGACGUCCCGGCUUCGCAGGGCGACAGAAACCCCAUCAGUCAGAGGACGAUUCCGGACUCCCAGGACUGGCUCGAUUCUUUGCGCACGCAAUCCACAGCCCAGUCGCUGGCCAACCCGUCGCAGCGAGGCUCUCAGCCAGCAUUGGAGGGCGCAACUGCACAAGAUAUUGCACGAACCAGCCGCUCGGAUCUGGAUAUACCGUCCCGCCAGCCCGAGAGCUCACAUCGCAAUUCUGGGCCCUCUUCCAAUCUGCUCGAGACACAGGACGAGCAACUCAGCCCCGCUUCGACCUCCACAGAGUCAAGGCUCGGAGGCUUGAAUCUCCCUUCUCAGGAAAGUCCCUGGGGCGAAGGUUUGUUGACCCAGCCCGAGCUUCCCAUUCCACUGCUCGAGGUCGAGACGUCCCAACGCGAUUCUGCUACCAUAGGGCACUCUUUUCCAGGUACAUCAGAGUCCCUACCGCAUUCUCAGGCCGCUCAACGGGUCUCGGUGCCUCUUAGUAACCUCGGCCUCCUAACCCAAGUAUUGGAGGUGGCUGGGUCAACCUCGGAGGAUAUUGUUCCCGAAACUGUCCAGAGACCGCCUCUAAGAACAUUGCUUUCUCAACCUGCGAGCCUGGGUUCUGUGAACAGCCCCCCGGGUAACGAGCCCUCGCAUCCGGCCACGUCGGCACGCGGCAGAGUUCAGUCGCUAGCACUUACCCCAAAUAAUAAGCUCAUGAACGCUCCAGGGCAAGGGAAACCCCCCUCGGCGGUUGAGAUGUUGCGUCAGCUGCAGCAUAGUGUCUUCGGUAGCGGCACACCAACCAAGCCACCAGGAGAGCCCAAACAGGAGCCGGCUUUAGUCUCGCUGUCGGCGGUUCUUCCAGCCAUGGGCAAUCUUGCCGAGCAAUUGGAAGCCUCUGCUGCGCCAGCCGACUCGUCUGCGCCAGAUCCCACCCCAGCCGAGCAGCAAGCCGUCAGUGAGUUUAACCAGCACUCUGACAUGGCCUUCAACAUGCGGCCGGAGAAUACGUCGAUAGAUGCACAGAGCAUGGAGUUUGAACAGCCACCGGCAACGGUAGCUCCAUCAGAUCUGACUACAUCUGUGGAACCCAUCGCCGGCGACCACAUCCUCAUUAACGCCGAUGAUUCCGCCCCCAUAGCUUCUGGGAGUGAGCAGUUUCCGCUGGAUGAGAAUGCGGAUGAAGAGAAGGAGGAUGACAGCCAGCAUUUCACGGUUACAUUACCGAUGGCCGCUAGCACUCGCGCGAAGUACCUCGAAGUCCUCCUGGAGAACAGGUCUACCAUGAUCGAGUUUGGCGAGGUCUUUGCCAGCCCGUCGUACGUCGUCCCGGAUGCCUCCUUGGUGCUCAAGAUUGAUGAGAUCUUUGAGCGGCUGCUCAACCUCUGCGACCUGCCCGCAUACGAUGACGACCUUCCCGAGCUGAGCAAGGAGGAGAUGAUGAAGCAUGCCACGAAUACCAACAGCAAGUUCUCGUUCGUUUACGAAUUCCUUAACUGCUUGUGGGAUAUCAAUGUCCGCAUCCUCAUCAUCUCCCAGCCAGGCCGAGUCUUCGAGUACCUCGAAGCAGUUGUCUCGGCCACGGAUUGCGCGUACUCGAUCCUGGCGCAAGAGGGUCUGAGCGGGCAGGAAUUCACGGAAGGCGCCUCAGUCGUCCUGGCUGUGACGGGUCAGGACUUGGCCAAAGUUCAGGGAGGCGUUGACGUUGUGAUAGCCUUUGAUCAUACGUCGAGGUUGAUCGAACUACCACCGACGUUGGGCUACGAGUCCAUGGCGCCAAUCGUCCUCUCUUUAGUUGCGACCUUCUCGCUGGAUCACAUCGACGAGCAACUCGCCCAGCAUGACCUGGACUUGGACCCCUUGGAGCGAAGGAACACCUUGAAUCUUGCAACUGCGAUGGCGAGGGAGUAUUUGAAGCCCAAUCAUGAACACCUUUACACUGAGCAGUACCAUGAACCACAUGAAGCCGCGAAGACGUUCGCCAACUUCUUGAGGAACCCAGAGAUUGGCUUGGAUUGGGAACCACAUCCUCUACCUUCCGAUAUCUUUGAGGUUUGGAUGAGCUCUCAAGAACCUCAGGCUCAGUCGGCAGAUGCGGUGACCGGGCCUGGCCGAAAACGUCCUUUGGACAAUGUCGACGAAGGAACCCCCAAGCGGGCGAGGCUUCAGGGAUCUCAGGAACCCUCUCGAAUUGCGACGCCAGCACGGAUGACUGACCUGUUGAAACAGACGCUGACUAACCACAUGGUGCAGACCAAGGCAAUCACCCAGGUCAUUAUUGAUGUGCCGGUGGAGCAGCUCGAGAUGAUGUCGAGCAGAAUUGCCGAAUUGGAAGCCCAGCUCGCAGCAAAAACCGCCAUUGAGGCCAAGUUGCGCGAGCGUUUCACUUCUCUCGAGUCUCAACUGCGAUCCCAUGAGCGCACCGUGCAGACCCUGCAGCCGAAAUACAUGGAGGCCCUUCGCGAUCGUAGCACCUUUGAAAAGCAAUGCCAGAAGGCUGUUGAGCGAUUCGAAGCCCAGAGGGCCGAAGUAGAGGCCCUGAGAGAGAAGAAUAAGGUCCUGGAGUCCAAGCUCGCCGAAGUUAACGACGCACUGGCGAACUCGACGAUACCAGAGGUCGCAAAGCUCGCCCAAGCCGAGAAGCAGCGGGAUGAGACCAUCGCCAGCGUCGAGAAGCUCGAGAAGAAAAUCCGCAGCCUUCAAAACGAGGUGGAGUACAGCCGCAAGGCGUACCAGGACGCGUCUAACUCGUACACGGAACUCAGCCAGGAGAAUCAGGAGCUCAAGAAGAGGGUAGCCGACCUCGAAACGCGAGCAGGCGAGAACGUCUUCAAGAUCCACCAACUGCACGCCCAAAACGAGGCGAAGGAAGUCAGCAAACAAAUCGACGAACUCCAAGCACUGCUCCAGAGCCGUGAGCGCGAGCUGGAGCGCGCCAAGGAAGAGUUGAGACUCCUCAAGAACGGCCGCCGCGAGACGCGCCAGGCUAGUGUCCCACGCAGUCCACGGACCGGCGUCAUGAGUCCGCGGCCGAACCGUGUUGUGGGAGGGGCCGGUAGUAGGGGUACCAGCCCCGCGCCGUUUGCCAGCUCGGACGGGCCAGGCGUCGGCGGCGGCGGCACCCCGGUGCCUGGCAUGGCUUUUCUCCCGGCUGCGGGAAAUGGCGGCCGCUGGGGCCAUCUCCGAGACUAG